AUGACCACACCACGAUCUGCGCCCUUGUACAAACUGAAGUCAGAGGAUGGUCAAAUUUUUAAUGUCGAACGAGGACCAAUGAAAUUUUGUGCAUUUAUCAAUCAGAAGUUUAUUGACCAUGGAGUGAACGACAGAAAUUGUGAACGAGCAGAUCCAAUUCUCGUUCCAUUCCACUCAUCGAUUGUUCAAGCUGUAAUAGAGUGGCUUUACCAUUAUCAGGACAACCCGCUCGCCCGACGAGACUCCAAAAUUCGUUACCACGAUUUUUCCGAAUGGGACAAGCAGUUUUUCAACGUGGAAUCGGGAGUUCUUUUUGCACUACUCAAUGCUUCUCAUGCGCUUGGAGUCGAAGAUUUGAUGAAUAUGGGGUGUGCAGCCGCAGCAGAAUUGAUUCGAGGAAAAAGCACGGAAGAAAUUCGCAAGAUCUAUGGAAUCAGGUCAGAUGAAGAACAAAUGGAGGAAGCGUUGGCAAAUGGUGGAGAGGGAACAUCUGCAAUGACAUUCACAACGGAUUCUGAUUGA